CUGCAUACCUGUUGUCAAACCGGCGUUUUCACCUCGCCAGAUCGUGUGUUAACUGCUAACAAGUGUCCCCAUCGUGGCGUGCAGACGAUGCUGUUAGCCGAAUAGCUCGCUUGGCAGUGAGCGUUAGCUCUCAUGCUAAUAUCCCCAUACAUUCCUAUGGAAGAAGCUGCUCGCUGAGUGCGCUAGUCUGCUAGCAUUAGCUCUUGGCACAUUUAACAGCUAACAAAGUAAUGUCAGCUAUUAGUUAUUAUUUGCAUUCCCUCACACGUUGAACCCUAAUCAGGAUCAACCGGAGCAUUUGUGCUGUCAGGACACCAGCAGGUGACACGCGGUAUGUUUGGUGCUAACCGGAAGAAGUUUAUGGAGGGAGGGGUAGAGAGCGACUACGCCGACGACUCCAGCCUCUACUACACCCAACAGUCCAUGUUCCCUCCACACCGCGCUGACAAAGACAUGCUGGCGUCUUCCUCUGCUUCCUCGACGGGUCAGCUGUCACAGCUGGGAGCCAGUUUAUAUGGCCCGCAGAGUGCGUUGGGGUUUCCCAUGCGGGGCAUGAACAGCAGCACGGCACCGCAGUUAAGUCGAAGUGGGUUGAACCAGUCAGGCAACCAGCUCCCCAGUCACGCCAGUACACCCAACACUGGCACAAUGCACACGCCUCCCUCACCGAGCAGGGGUAUUUUGCCGAUGAGCAGCCGGAGCGUCAUGAACCACAGCCAGCAGGUGGGGGGUCCGACGGGGCAGUCGGCUGGGAUGGUAGGAGGAGUGGGGGUCGGAGGAGAGAGGGGAGGUGCCGGCGGUGUCGGAGCAGGCAGGAGCAGCAGUAUGGGGAGUCCCAGCCGGUCGUCACCCAGCAUCAUCGGCAUGCCCAAACAGCAGCAAGCACGGCAGCCUUUCACCAUCAACAGUAUGUCAGGGUUCGGGGUGAACAGGAAUCCAGGUUUCAACAUGAACAACUCCCUCUCCAACAACAUCUUCAACGGCACAGACGGCAGUGAGAAUGUGACGGGGUUGGACCUGUCAGAUUUCCCAGCGUUAGCAGACAGGAGUCGGAGGGACGGAGGCUCAAAUCCCACCCCGCUGCUCAACCCGCUGGCCGGUCGGGCUCCCUACGGUCUUGGACUGGCGGUCGAACAAAACAAGAAGUUUGAACUUCUCAUUGGCAUGGUAACCAAGCCGUCCAGUGAACAGUCGCAGGACUUCUCCAUCCAUAACGAAGAUUUCCCAGCUCUCCCUGGGCCAAACUACCAAACAAAAGACCCCACCAGCACCAACGAGGACAGCAAAACGGACUUCUUUUUCCCUCCGUUUCUGUCCAAUCAGAAUCUGAACUCAUCAGGAAAGCCCGCCUCUAAUUCAGAUGGUCCAAAGUUCCCCGGCGACAAGAGCUCCGCACCGAGCAACAACAACCAGCAGAAGAAAGGGAUUCAGGUGCUUCCUGACGGGCGGGUGACCAACAUCCCGGUCGGCAUGGUAACGGACCAGUUUGGGAUGAUCGGCUUGCUGACGUUCAUCCGGGCGGCAGAGACGGACCCCGGCAUGGUCCACCUGGCACUGGGCUCAGACCUCACCACGCUCGGCCUCAACCUCAACUCACCUGAGAAUCUCUAUCCUAAGUUUGCGUCUCCGUGGGCGUCGGCUCCGUGUCGACCGCAGGACAUAGACUUCCACGUCCCCUCAGAGUAUUUAACCAACAUCCACAUAAGGGACAAGUUAGCAGCUAUCAAGUUGUCUCGGUAUGGUGAAGAUCUGCUGUUUUAUCUCUACUAUAUGAACGGAGGAGACCUACUACAACUCCUGGCUGCAGUAGAACUGUUUAACAGGGACUGGAGGUACCAUAAAGAGGAGCGGGUUUGGAUCACCCGGGCCCCGGGGAUGGAGCCCACGCUGAAGACCAACGCCUACGAGAGAGGGACCUACUACUUCUUCGACUGCCUCAACUGGAGGAAGGUGGCCAAGGAGUUUCAUCUGGAAUAUGACAAACUAGAAGAGCGACCUCACGUUCCCUCCACAUUCAACUACAAUCCUGCCCAGCAGGCCUUCUGAUUGGCUCUACCUCCUCCUGCCUGCCUGCCAUUGGCCCUCCUGGCUCGUCAGUCGUCAUCCCUCUAGGUUUCUUUUCCACCUCCACACACUCAAAAGUGAAUCUGGCCAAUCAGGACUCAGGACGGGAGAGGACGUCCUGGCUCCCAAACACGUCACUGAAUAGACUUUGAUUUUAACUCUUCUGGUUUUUUGUUUUGUUCUUUACCUCAUUUCCUCUUUUUUUUGUUUUGUUCUUUUUUGUUUUCUUUUAUUUGCCACCCCUCCUCCAUGAGUUUGUUUGGUUGGUCUGUUAUGUGGAGCACAGACUUAAUGUCAACAGACAGCACAGGCACAGCACACCAACACGCACUGUAAAUAACUGUCCACCUGAUCGAGUGAUUCAUGUUUCUAUUCAGUCUUAAGAAGUGACUAUUUUUGUCUAGAGAAGCUUUUAAGAAGAACCAGAUUUUAACACAGAAUAAAAAUCACCCGUCAGGAUGGAUAAUUAUUUCACACCGUGCACAAACUGUGUCACACCUCUGAACUUUGGCAGGAACUGAAAAUAUUUAUCAUCUCCUUUAUUUUUACCAGGUUUUCAGCAUUACAAAUCAGAACACACACACACACACACACACACACAUCAGCAGACAGUGGAGAGUCAGGAGAGGAAAUGCAAUGUACAUUGUAGCACUAUUUCAUAAUAAAAGAAGAAAAAAUA